CUCGUACUCGCGUUGGUACCAGCACUCGCCGCGGCGGCCGCCGUUACCGCCACCUUCCCCCCUUCCGCCCCCCACGUAACACGCGUUACCCGCCCAGGAAAAAAGAACAGUCUCCAGAAAAUGAGGUUGUCGCGGUCCAGACCGGCGGCCUGGACCGCGACAUUGCAUUGUCGCUGUGGGGGCCUCCGGCUUUUGCACGGGCGCAGACAUCCGUCAGACAAGACGUUCUUGCAGUGCUUUUUUUUACCUGCCGACAGUGAGGACACCCUUCAUUGCUUUCAAUGCAUUGCGCUUCUUCUUCACGGAAUGCAUCCUCGCUCCCGGCUUGUAUUGCCGUGUAUCAUGCUUUCAAUUCCGGAGAAAGGCAAUUUCGUAUUUCUCUAGUCGCUUCGGAAUGCGUUCACCUUGUGUUGAGUUUGACCUCGCGAUUCAUGUGUCUUGCGUUGCAUGUCAGCAUGUCGAUUGACUUCAGCGAAGGGUGUUGGCUCGUCUUCGGGAUGGGCGUCAGUUCCGUGCUUUGGCUUCCGAUCACAUCUGGGCUCUUCCUCAUGUUGGUUCCGCGCAGAGAGUGGUUGACGACAUUGCUCAUCGAUAUUUCCGCUGCGAUUGCCUCCGUGGUAGUGCUCUACGGACGGGAUGUGGCAUUGAAUGGGUAUCUCACCAUCGAGGAUGACCUUGCGCGUAUCUGCAUGGGCAUCGUUGUCCCAGCGACUUUACCCGAGGUCAGUCUUUAUUGAGAGCUGUUUUUUUUUCUCGCGUUCUACACGCUCCAGUUCCGUUGCUUGCGGUUCGCGGCAGUGCUCAUGGGAGGGCCGGCAUGCUUCGGCUUGACUUCGGCUACCAUUUUGCAGCUGGGUUCCACCAGUGUCGUUUCCGGCGUUUGCAUCGAAUUUGGCUCUCUGCUCGUGGAGUUCAGGUUCAAGUACUGCUUGUUGUCGGGGACGACGCCGCUCCAGAGCUUGCGAGAUCGCUUGUAUUGCCUCGGGCGUUGCUGCAGCCACCGAAAACCGGAAAGGAUGAGCUUCGUUCGCCCAGGGUUCGACGACAUCGUGUCUCUUGAUCCAACCGUCCUAGGCGCACAGCAAGCCGGCAGCGGAGAGCCGGCUGGCGAGACUCACGGCGACGCGGGCCCAUGCAGAGAGACAUUGGACGACGAUGGCCCCGAGAAGGAUGGUUGCGAGCAGCAGCAACAGCAGCAGCAGCAGCAUCAGCGUCGCCGCGAUCUCUUGGCAGCGAUUCUUUGUAUUACAACAUCGUCGGGGCCGUCGCCCAGGUAAUCGUCGCAGGCUUUCUCAUUGUUGCGAAGGUAUAGCCGAACAAGUCAUGGUCCGCACCCUUGCCUCCAUCACAGAUCCUCGCGCUUGUAGGGCUCCGACUGGCCUUUGAGGUUCUUGGCGACAUGGCGAUUACGGCAAUGGCCCACUGUUGUCAACCGGAAGGUGCUCAUGCUCUGGCGGAAACAUGGAUAGCUGACAAGGACUCACUAGCGUGUGUUUCUUGGCCCUGGUCUGGUCUGCGGACGCAAUGAUGCUCUACAUGACUUUCCGCUGCCCAGUUCCUGUUCAACGGGGCACGGUCGAUCCGUUCACAGUCGAGCUGCUUGUUGUGGGCUUGUGCCCGCAUCGUUCGCACUUGCUACAGUUGUCCUGAAUCCAUGGCCUCUGUCGCACCGAAAGUUUGUCGCGCUCGUGCGUGUGUGUGUGUGUGUGUGUGCAUGUGCUCGUGUCGGACAAGCUCCGCUUGCAAUUGCUGAGCUUCAUACAGCCGCAUGCGCCACAGGUAUCUUGCACAUACGCGUGCUCAAGAUCACAGCGUUGACUUUAGCCGUCCCUUGCUUAGGUUGUCGCUGUCGCACCGUAGGUUUACUAGCGCGCAUAGAUACUGUACUGGGGGACUGGGUCCCCGGCCCCUGGGGCGGCACCUUUUUCCCACACUUCCUCCCCCCUGGAAUUUUCCCUCCUUCUACCCCCCUGCGCGCGCCGCCCAACAAGGGAAUCGAGGAGGGCCCCAGAACGCUGGACGCGUCGGGCGUGCUCGUGCGCAAACUUGCUCUUGCCUCUUCUGCGCUUUGGUGCGGCUGGCGAGAAGUGCGCAGC